AGCAGGCGUUGCCGACUCCGGCAAGAGGGUCAGUGUGGAGGCGGGAGCCCGGGCGACCGGCUUGGAACUCCGUGCACGCGGGCCUGGAGCUGCGCCCCUCCGUCUUUUCCCGACUUCUGAUCCUCAGAGGGGCACUCGGAGCCUCAGCCUGGGUCGCAGUGCCUUCGGUCUGCGGGCCUCAGUUUCUCGGUCCGCGCCGGGGGUUUGUGGGGGCACCUGGAGACAUUUGGGCCGUUCUCGCAGUCUCGGGAGGUCGCACCCGCGCCUUGCCUGGCCUCACGGCGGCCGAUCUCGUUCUCCACUUUCUAGGUGGCGCUUGGACUCUCGCCCUCGGAGGGAGGCCCGUCCCACGGUCUCUGGCUACGGAUCCCUGGACCCUCUUCGCGGGCAAUUCGCGUAGCCUCAGAUUGCCUCGGAUGAUGGCCUGCGACUGACAGUCUCUCAGCUCUUCUCAGCUCUCCUGAGGCUGCAGCUGUCAGCUCCCUGAUCCUCAGCACUUGCCUGGACCAGUGCGGGUCUGCCACGCCCUGUUCAGCCAUCCCUGUCCUGUUGUGUCGUGCAAGCCACGUCCGUCCACACCCCCACCACCCACCAGUGCUGGCUCUCCUCUCUUCUCCCCUCUGCUCCCAGCAUGCCUCGUGGCCGGUGCCGUCAGCAGGGCCCUCGCAUUCCCAUCUGGGCAGCCACCAAUUAUGCCAACGCACAUCCAUGGCAGCAGAUGGACCAGGCGUCUCCUGGGGUGGCAUACACCCCCCUUGUGGAUCCCUGGAUUGAGCGGCCCUGCUGUGGGGACACCGUGUGUGUGCGAACAACCAUGGAGCAGAAGAGCACAGCUAGUGGCGCUUGUGGCGGUAAACCUGCAGAAAGGGGUCCCCUAGCUGGGCGCAUGCCCAGCUCCCGACCCCACAGGGUGGACUUCUGCUGGGUGCCAGGCUCAGACCCAGGCACCUUUGAUGGCUCCCCGUGGCUACUGGACCGCUUCUUGGCCCAACUGGGCGAUUACAUGUCCUUCCACUUUGAGCACUAUCAGGACAACAUCAGCCGUGUCUGCGAGAUCCUCAGGCGCCUAACAGGCCGAGCCCGGGCCUGGGCAGCUCCCUACCUUGAUGGGGAUCUGCCCCUGCCUGACGAUUACGAGCUCUUCUGCCAGGAUCUCAAGGAAGUUGUUCAAGACCCAAACAGUUUUGCCGAGUACCAUGCCGUGGUUCCCUGUCCCCUGCCCCUGGCCUCCAGCCAGCUGCCAGUGGCCCCUCAGCUGCCUGUGGUGAGGCAAUACUUAGCUAGGUUCUUAGAGGGCCUGGCACUCGACAUGGGUACUGCCCCCAGGUCUUUACCAGCCGCCAUGGCCACCCCUACUGCGUCUGGGUCCAACUCUAUAUCCCCUGGGCCCAAGGAGCCCCCAGUCCUGCCCAGUUCUUCACGUAGCUCCAAGCCUGGUCCUGUGAAACCAGCCUCUUCCCAGCCAGAGGAGGCAGCCCCCACGCCUGUCCCUAGACUGUCGGAGUCAGCUAAUCCUCCUGCCCAGAGACCAGACCCAGCUCAUCCAGGAAGUCCAAAACCCCAGAAAACAGAGGAGGAGGUUUUGGAGACAGAGGGAGACCAGGAGGUGUCCUUAGGUACCCCACAGGAGGUGGUGGAGGCCCCGGAGACCCCAGGAGAGUCACCACUUUCUCCUGGGUUCUGAACACAGCCCAGGUGGGAACAAUGCUUCCCCUCAUGAUAAAGUGGCCUGUGUGUCUUGAGAGCCCCAUAGUCCCCAGUCAGAGCAGAGUGGUGUCCCCAGAUGACUUUAGACCCCAUAGCUGGGCAAGAUGCGCUUGUUUUGGACUCUGUGCUGAGCAGAACCAGCUCCAACAACUCCAGCAGAACUUGACCUCCGCCCUGUGCCCUUUCCCUGCUGCUGGCUCUUGGCUGCAUCCCUGCCCAUCUCCUGGGAGUGCUGUCUCACCCAGGCCUGCUCUCACGAGGGGGUCGUUUUGUAGAUCAGCUCUCAGCAGAUACUUGCAUCAUCUUUGUCACCUCCACCCCCAUAAAACACCCCCCUUGGUGUCUUCCACACUGGCUGUGACUGAACUGGGUCGGCCACGUCUGCCCUGCUGGGACCUUGUUCCUGUAUGGGGUUUCUGUGUCUGUCCCCCUAGCCCCACCCUCUCUGCUUCCUGUGACUUCUGUCCCAGCUGGAAUGUGAGGAAGGCUGCCUGGAGGAAGUGGCCACUUUGAUUCUGCUGGAUGAGUGGGAUAGCAUCUUGGCAGAGAAUGAUGUUUCCUGUGGGUUUACCAGCAGUUCUGGGCAGCUGGGAGGUUUGGAUGCAGGAAGGUGGGAUGCAAGCCCCUUGCCAGGCUCAGCUGCAGGCAUUCCCCCUUUGUGUGUUAACGCUCUAGCUCUAGUCGUGCCUGGUGUUCUGAAGCAGGCUCCUCUUCCCUGCCGCUGCGCUGCCGUCCCCUGCUCACUCCGCACUCGCAUGCAUGGCGGAUUCAGCACUUAAGCCCUGGUGUGUAAAUGACUUGGAUCUCCCUCCUGGCAGACGGUGACCCUCAGCACAGGGGCUCUAUCUUAGUCAGCUCUGUAGCCUGGUACACAAUUGGUGCUCAUUAAACACGUGUUGGAUUACUGGCUGAGCCUGUGGUGCAAUGGCUGCCUACCAGC